AUUUUUUGAAAAAUAAACCAAAUAACUUCUCUACUUUGUUUACUCUAUGCGAAAAAUCUCUCUACACCUUGUUAACUCAAUGGUAGUAGUUCGAAUCGCGCGCCUUGACCUUUGAUCUUUCGCGAAAAUCUGACAACCGUCAGCCGUCAAAAACUACGAAAUAAACAAAUUGAUUAAAAGCGAAAUAGAUAAGAAAUGGGUUAAUAAUGGUAACGAUAGUCGAUAAGCGAUGAGUGCGGGAGCGAUUAAAAACGAAAAAUGCGGGGUUUAGUGCCGUGAAUAAGAAAAAACUGCGAAAAUGGAGACUAGCUCUGCUUUGGACGAGGCUAAAGCCUCUUCGUGGAAUUUAUCCAGCCCCGCCAUACAUUUGGACAACAUCAACAUUAAAAUGGACUCUAAUUUUGCGAUGUUGCUGUGCAGUUUGGUUUUUGCCGUGGCCUGGGUGGUUUAUAUCACUUAUUACAACUCUCGGGUGUUUGGUUAUGUUAUCACCAAAAUCAUCAACAAGGUUUUCAUUCGCGAUGGUUACUUUAAAAUAGGAUCCCUUACUUUAAAUGCUCUCUCUGGUAAAAUUAUGUUCAGAGAUAUUGUUUAUAUCACUCAUGAUUAUACUAUAAGAGUGCAGGAUGGUUAUUUGAUAUUCCGGUGGUGGAGAUCGUAUGUCCCCAAAGAUGUCAGCGAAGAUUUAUCACAUUCCGAUACGAGACUGUCUGUUAUGCUCAACGGCUUUGAGCUUCACGUUUUCAACAGAAGCAACUUAUAUGCACAGUUGGAAAAGAUUUUUGAUUUAGAUCCAAAUUUUUUUCCCGAGAAUGACAAUAAACAUCAGGAUGAGGAGGAUUUGGAACCUUCCGAGACUCAGAUAGAAAAUACCACAGGCAGAAAACAGAGGCCUGAAGCUGCCAUGGCAAGAACUUGGAGGGAUUUGAUACCAGUGAUAAAAUGUGAUGUUUCUUCUAGCCGAUUGGUAUUCGGCAACAGAUUAAUUCCCACAACCCUCAGUAUAACAUUCGAGGAAUCGCAUUUCGUGUAUUCCACCAAACCUGCCGUGUGCACUUUGGAUAGAUUCAUGCAUUUCGUGAAAUGCAAGGCAGAAAACGUUAGGGUCAUGUUGGCCCCCAGCCCCAAGUACACAGGAAUGCUUGACGAUCCCCCGCGAUACAUGGGCGAAGGUUUCGUGCUCAUGUCCACCAACGAAAUGGAACUGUACUUCUACAUGGACGAACCAGGUCUGGUCCCCUUAGAACCGGUUCUGGUAACCCUGGCCAACGGGGACAUCGUCGAGUCCAGUCCCCCCCAAUGGGGGGUCGACAUAAAGUGCGGGAAGGGCACCGACUUCAGCUACGGCCCCUGGGCCGACAGACAGCGCGAGCAUUUGUUCAAAUUUUUCUACCCGCAAGACUAUUUGCCCAUGGAGUUGACCAAAACUCCAAAACCAGGCGACAAAAGACAAAUGCAAUCGUUCGACAUCAGACUAGUAAUGCAAAGCGACGCCACCAUAGAUAUUCUCUUCACCAAAGACAAAGAAACGAACGCCACCCAUAUCAACGUGGGCGCUGGAAGCUACUUGGAAGUCACAAUUCCAUGGAUAACUCUGCAAGACGGGUACACCACGAAAGUCAAUGGCCAGCUGCUUCACCUGGAGGCGACAACCAGUCUGCAGUUUAGGGAUUUUGUCGAGAGCGAGACGUUGGAAUUUUGCUUGUUGUGUCACUAUCCGUUGGUUUGGAACGAUCAUCAGCUGUGGGAGAUCAACUUGACUGGUUGCAAGGCCACGGUGAAUUUGAUUUUUUUUCACAAGUGGUUUUUCACUGACCUGAUAAACGACUGGUCCUCGAAGCAGCGCCCCGACCUGAUGCACUUCGUGCCCUACACCUGGCGCUUCGGGCUCACGCUGAAGCACUGCGAGCUGAUCACCUUGGUGAACCAGUACAACUGGAUAGACUGCAGCAGCGUUGGCCAACGGAACCGGUUGGAAAACACGCAACUGGCGCUGUGCGCGCACUUUCUUCACCUAUCGUUCGAUCUCCCCUUCGACGAGUUUCUGCCCGAGAAGAUCCCUUUAAAUUUCGCGAUACAGGGCGAGAGCAUCGACUUGUCUUUGUUCGUGCCUGAGUUCCACACCAGCAGGAAUAUUGUCGGUUCGUUGGAGAGGUACGCCAAAGUAUUAAGCAAGGAUGGUUCUACGACCAGUAAGAAGACCGAAGCGAUACCCAAGUGGCGCAAUGUGUGUAUGACGAGUAUGGGUUGGGUGGACUUCUGGUGGGUGCCAAUCGGGGCCAUUAACAUAGUGUACACCUACCACCCCUGCCCGCCGCUGGGCCCGCAACCCCAAGCGGACAUUUCCACCCCGGUUAAAGAAGAAAUUCUACUGUCUCCCAUGCGAUUCCCUCAUCAAAGAAAAAAUCGCAAGAGGAGCCCAGACGGGGCCCACAAAUUCGAUCCCACCACCCUCAAAGCUGACACUGUCAGUGUGGAGUUGGAGAUAGGGCCCUCCGUGAUUUUGCUGUACGGAACGGCACUGAAGAAUUUCAUGAAUUUUAAGGAGAAUAUUUUCGGGGAAGACCAGGUAUUCUCCGACAUGCAGAGGUCGGCGCCCAGCGAAAAUACGAGCACCACCGAGAUAAAAUCCGACGAUAGUUCCGCAAAUUUGCCCCUUGAAAUGAGAGACGACUUCGAUCACAGACUUUACCGCCCUCUAGAGGUCGAUGUUUCCAUUAUAAUGCACGACAUACAGGCUCAUUUAUUGAAGAACUGCACUGACAAAGACCCACCCUGCCCGGUCAUUUUAGUUGAGAGGUUUGGCUUUGAAAUGAAGAAGAGGUACGACCAGACUGAGUUGCAACUUUUGGUUAGCCCUGCCGUGCUUCUAGUGUCCGAUAAUUUAAACAGGCCUUCAAAGGAUAGGCAUUUAAACCAGGGAAAAUUGACGUUGUCAUCUUUACAGAUACGCGGCCAUGCCAUGUUCUCCGACGUGGGCCAGAGCCUGGACCAAGACACCGUAGAGUACGCGUGGCUAGUGGAAAUCCAAAUGGGCAAACUGAGCGGAAAACUGACAACGCCGCAGUUAUACUCGGUGCUAGCCUGUCUGGAAACGCUAAUUUUACUGCUAACUGACGACGAGAACGAACUGAAUUCGCCCAAAAACGAUUCGCUGUUGAAUCAGCCCGUCGCGAAGCCGGUAAAAGACACGCAGGCCAUCACUUUGAGAUACGUCACCGACAAAAGCAAUCAGUUCGUUAACUCCAUCAUUGGCGCGCACGCCAGAUCCAGUCAGAACCAAAGCGUGAAGAACGCUAAAAACGAGGAGAAGGAGAAGAAGAAGGAGGACGACAAGAAGGGGUCGAUUAGGAGCAGCGCGGUGGUGGCAACGGUGCCAGAAGAGGUGGGGGAAAGUUACGGGGAGCACAGGUUGAAGUACAAGUUUUGCAGGGUCACAGUCGAUGCCCUGGACUUUUGGUUGGUGGAGAGUGGGGCUGCCCUGCAACUAUGGGUAUCUCCAAUAAGAUUGGCAAGUUGCAACCUGCACGGAAAGCAAGUCAGUUCCGGACUGAGUUGCAUAAUUUACGGAAUGUCUCUUAGGCAACUUGUGUGGCACCCCCACAAAUACAAUCACAGCAAAUUGAACCACGACAACCCGGAUUUGUGGCUAGAGGUGGGCGCGGUAAACUUCGGUCCUCUGAUCGUGGAAUCUGCCAUAUCUUCGGACGUCAAAGAGCAAAACUUGCACGCGAUUCAGCAGAAGUUUCUGAAACGUCACGAUGACAAGCUGAAAAAGUUGUGGUUCCUUUGGCCGGACUCCAACAAAACUACGGCAAAAUGCGGCUGUACCGGUGGUUGCAAGUUCUUCGGCUCAAACAGAAACGGCACGCGAUUCUUCAAGCCUAGCAGGAAGGAUCUCGAGGAGGGGGUCAACGUGGCAGCCUUGAGGGUCAACGAGGCGGGAAAAGACCCCGGCUACGGCCAAAGUAUACUCCACGAAGGGCAGUUGAUAUUCAGAACGCCCCCGUACGUUCUAAACGAGAUAUCUCUUCAAGACACGCUCACCAGAAGCAAACCCAAACGAAAAUACUCGGGGAGUCCCCGAGUCGCUCAACUGGAAAGGGAGAAGUCGAUCGAGAAAGACUCUCAGAGUUUCGGAAGUCCGAACAACACUGCCGAGAGAAAAGUGAACAGGAGGUUCUCUUCAACUUCCAUAAGGAGUGCCAAUUUGAAAGAGGUUCCUUACUCGAGACUAAUAGAAAGCAGCGCUGCCAAUCUACUGACGAAGUUGGAUAGCGAUUCUAAAUUGCACGCGGAAAAAAAUAAACUCGCUGUCGCUGAUAGCAACGAUUUGCUGCCCAAAAAUAGCGUGUCGGAUUCUAAGUUGGCCGUGGAUUAUUUCAGCAACACCCAGGCUGAGAUCAAAGAGAUCUACGCUUUGUCGUCCGUCAAUGAUAACUCAGUUGCCUCCGCUUCUCCGCUUAGAGGUAGCAUACAUUUUAAUCCUUCAGAGUCGCAUCAUUCCCUAGGGGGAUCACCGGAGGAAAAGUACAGACUCGAGCAAGUGCAAAGAACGACGUCGAUGUCGAGCGAAAAUCAUUCGGAAGCGUUUUUCUCGGCGGACGAGGACGUCAACGUAAACUCCAGAAGCUCCAGCCUGAGAAAUUCCAUUCUCUGUCACGGGGAAGUACUCACCAGGCAGGACAGUAACAGCGUACCACCGCAAAGGAAAAAGUUUUCGAGCGAACUGAGCAUAGCCACGGACAGAAAUGGACACAAAUGUUUACCGAUGAGUGCCCCAGGGUCCGCACCUGAGACCACGAGGCUGCGGCUAUCUUCGCACAGAAGCGACCACGAGAUUCACACCCCCGAACAUAGAAGUUUUAUGAACAAACAGGUCGACGAUCAAGCGAGAAACGUUCAGGGUUUGGCAACGCCGCACAGACACCCGAACGUGCGUUCGGUGAGUCCCCGAUUUUUGACGGGCGCCGCAAAAAUAUCGGCGGAAACGGUCGACGCGCACGACAGUCUCCUAAACGACACUCUAAACGACUCCUCGGACAGUUACAGCAACAACAGCUACGUUUCAGCUCAGGGCAGCCAGGAGGACUUCACGAAAGUCGACCUGCACAUGCAGGUUAACAGACUGAUAGUGGACUCUCCGAUGCUGAUGUCCAGCUACGUCACUCACUUGAGUCAGGUUAAGUGCAACAACUGGGACUCCAAGAACAAGGAGGAUCAGUUUUCCAUGCCAAUGUUCGAGAAGAGUGAAGAUGGCAAGCUGAUCUAUUCGGGCGGGCGGUUCGUGCCCAACAUGGAGAAUCUCAGCGAGGGCAUAACCUCCCUGAAGAUGGUGUCCAGGAAUGAAAACAUGGCGCCCAAUAAAACCCCUACGUCGCCGUACGUUUACGUGUGGGACCAGGAUGAGGUGGAGAACGAGUCCGGCUCCUUUCAGGAGGAGGAGUUGCUCAGUAUACAGGGCGAUGCCAGCUCGAGGACCAUCAUUAUAGUCAAGUUGAAGGGGGAUUUGGAUGUUAUGAUUUGCCCGUUGCUUUUGGAAACGAUGCAGAGGUACGUCGACGCUCUGACGCCCACCGUGGCCAACCUGCACCCUCUCACCGUGAUCAACCACCUGCACACCUCGUGCGUGGGCCAGGUGGAAUCCAGCAACAUCCUCAAAACGACGGAGAACGUCGCCGGGCUGUGCCGGCCGCCCGACAAGGCGGCCGGCGACGCCUCCUCCGCCGAAACGUGCGUCUACGAGGAGACGGUCAAGACGCAGGUGCAGGCGGCCGUCUACCUGCCCAAGGUCAACGUCACGCUGCUGCAGGUCUCCAUCGUCGAGGAGAUCAUCUCCUUCUCCGCGCUCGACAACAUCAAGGAUCUCACCUGCGUCUCCCUGUUCUCCGUCAGCUUCGACAACGUCGCUGCCAAGCUGCACUGCGACAAGCAGGCCCGAGAAGUCCUGCAAAAAAUACUGCGCCCGGCAGUGGUGAGCGGCAACAAAAAAGGCGCGAAUAAAGCGAAAAUUCUGCUGGGUCUGCAAUCCAACACCAACUCCGAUGUUAUACAAGGGGAGCCCGCUUUUAUCGAAACAUGCGAGCGGCAGCAGCAACAGGUGGUGUUCUGCAUGGGGGUGGGCAAGGCGCAUGCGCAACUGCGCAGGCUGCGAAACGAAAGUUCCAUAUUGGACGACGCCGUCAUUACAGCCAUUCCCGCCUACAAGUCUAAGGUGCUGUUCACGCCGGCGAAGGUUAAGCCCCUGUACAGGGGGGUGGAGUAUUAUUUGCAGCCGGCUGUAGGGGAUACGAACACCAAUGAAACCGAUUUGGGCACUGAAGACAAACUGGGUUUCAUAAUGUUCGAGUGUGGAUUGGAAGGUGUAAAUUUAAAGGUCGUCAAAAAGUCCCAAUUCGAACAUAUAGAAUGUAACAUAAACACCCCAGGAGAUUCCAUAUUGGAAAGCAAUAAAACCCCUAAUGACUUGGAACAUUCCGAUUCCGCUAAAUCUUGCAAUGCCACCCCAAAACUAAACGAAAACAAGGAUAAGAAAACGCCAAACUUUUCAGUGCAAACCCCGAAAAUGCACGACGAAGAAAAAGGCGAUACGGGGGAACACCCGAAAACCGAGUGCAAAGAUACUGCCAUUCUGGCAAAGGACAGCGGAAACGUAUCGUCCUGUAUAAUCGAACUGAAAGUGGUGUGGUUUAAUUUUGCCGCCCCUCCCAGAGCUCCGAUAACACGUAAAAUCGAUUACACAAGGUUGGACUGGAACCUAUUGAGCACAGCCUCCCCAGCCAUCAAAGCUUGGAUGAAUCCUAGCAACCGAUUGGCCAUCCGAGUAGUCCACAUGGUUCGCACCAUGUACAGACGAUCUACUGCCACGGUGGCCUGCUUGAUGGCGGAAACUUUGGAUAAAGAUCGAAGCUGCCACACGUUGUGCAAGAGUCGUUACGGUAAACUGACGCCACUAGCACAAACGCUGCAGGAGGAUCCGAGUUUGCAGCUGUGCUCUAUACUGCAGAAGUAUUAUUUGAUGACCGAUCCUAAUUUGAUUGAAAGUCACUUGCGGGAGUCCGAAAUACCGCAACUUUUUACUCUUAGACAAGGUGUUAUUGUUUUGAGUCGACAAUGGAAAAACAUACUGUACACUCCACUUUUCACCCAGAAUACAGUGAAAACAAGAAUUAAACCGCUAAAUGUGCAUAUAACAGUACCAAACAUUCCGGAGGAAACUUGCUUGACAGACGGCGAAGCGAGCGGUAACGAAGAGAUCGACAUUACCGACGAGCAUGCUCGCUUACUACAUGCUGGUAUCAUACUUAAGCCCAACGCACAUAGAAACAUGGUGCCGACGAAAGAAGCGCUGGUAGGCAACCUGCAGAACUCUCCGAGGAUAUUUUCGGACAGUUCCGUUCACACGCCGCAGGUGGCGAUAGUGUCCGGCGGAGUCGAGAGCAUUCUAACCUCGCCCAGCCCGCCAGUGCCUCACAGGAAAAGGAAAAAGAGCCUUCAACCGACUCAACCCCCAAACAGCAGCAGAGCUAGCGUUGUCUUGCCUUUACUCAACAACACUAAUCCAUUUUUAAACAAGCGGCUUUUGGAAGAAAGUUACGGCACUCUAAGAGAAGACCGUACGGUAAUCAACAUGGGUUCGGACCCGAGUGACGUCAACAGCCAAUCUAGUAACGACUUGGGCAACAGUCCCACCCAUAAAACGCAAAACUCUGGGGGCAACUACAGCGAGGAUCUUUACAGCUGGAUGGCAAAACAAGAUCGCACAGGCGCGCCUCUAGAAGGUUGUCUAGAAUCGAAAAUAGACACCUUGCAUACGGAGUCGUCCGGUGACCCAGGGACUCUACCUAAAGAGGAGAUAACCGUCCCGGAUCUUCCUACGUAUCCCAUACAGGAUUCAGUUAGGUUCCUCGAUGCGAAUCAAAUAUUCCAGCCGCUGCUGAGCGGCUUGGGCGUUAUGCCUCAACAGCUGAGGUUCACCACCAUGACAGACUCCAACGCUGGUAACGAUGUGACCACUUUGGAUGCUUUAGGUUCAAAUUUUUGUCUUGUCGGUAACAUGGAGACCAUGCGUAUCGAUAUCGUUGUAUCUGAGCAUGGUAAAAUAGAGAAGAAGAAGGGGAAGAACAACACUAAACGGCUUUACAUCGAAGUCACUGCAGACGAAUCUCCAGCUUUCGUUUGCGAAAAGGUGGGAGUCGAACUGGAAAUCGAUCGCAUGACCGAUAUGGCUGUCAACGAGAUGAUCAAGACGAAAAACGUUCUCUACAUCUCUCGUGGGCAAUUGAAAAACCACACCAGCACCGUGAUAAACUUCACCAUAGGCGUGCGCACCAUACACCAACGCGUCAACAUGCCUCUUUUAAGGCUGCUGCAUCAAAUCAGCAACAUGUACCAGAACGUCAAGGACACGCAGAACGAAUUGAGACAGCAACAACCUGUGGAGAUCAGAAGGCCCAAAACAAGCGCAAGCGAUCAUGUCGAUUUAAACAAACAUCACUCUUCAACUUCCGAUUUGCUGCAGAACGCGCAGAACAUCAUCGACGUUUCCAAGCAGUUAAGUCUAAAAAUAUCCGAUCCGGGUUCGUUCGGAUCCCAGCAAAAACCCAUUAUUUCCAGGUCGCCCAGCGAAAAGUCCCGACCUCAGAGCUUCGCCCAAAAGUUGAGGUCCACCGGAAAAAGCGUCAAAGGUUACGUAAAUCUGAGCGAAGGCGCUGGAACACCGAUGACGAUGUCUAGUCCAUCGGGUUCAGCUCUGGAACGCGUGACGGUCUCUUCGGACAAAAGCACCGGCCGUUGCUGGAAAAACAUGUACCACCUGUUGGAUUUAUACGCUGACAUGUCCGACCGGAAGACAAUCAAGCACAGGUUCUCCGUCGGGACAUAUGAUAUUUCCGAACACUACAAAGGGAACAGGAAGUAUGAUAUUUUACAGGAAAUGAAAUCCACAAAUGAUAUCGACAAGAUUGAAAGCACACCACCAUUGCCAAGAGAUAUAAACAACUCUUCGCCGAACGAGCACACGAAGCUGGUAGUGUUCGGCGUUGCCAAAAUUCACCGCACCAAGCUGCAGGCGACGUUGUCGGGUCUCAAGCUCGAAGCCGAGAUUACGAGUUUGCACUCUAGUCUGACGGUGCGGAAAAAAUCUGUCCCGCAGAUGCUUGAAUGCUCCUUGACGGGGCAAAUAGGCAGGACCAUGAUUGUCCUGCUAGAAGGGGUGGCGCCCAAUCAACAAACGGUUGUUAAAGUUACCAUAGGGAAGUCGCAGGCGCUCUAUUCGAGCGUCACCAAACGCUCGAAGGACAAGAACUCAGGUCUGCUUACCGUGGGGGCCGUCAACAUCGAUAUACCUCAGCACCCUGUUGCGUUGCACGGGAUGGUCACCAGAGGGAGCAAGCAGUUGAGUUCCACUCUGCAAGAGUUGAGGGUCACUAGAACUUCUAGUAGGAUGUCUAGAGGUGCGCCGCCUGAGGAAGAUGUGCAGAGCUCGCCAAACCACCCUACCAGGGACUUUUUGGUUUCGAGCCCGGCUGCUCCGAAGCAGGCCCCGCAAGAAAAAAGCCUCCUUCAGCCGCUGAUGAUGCAAUUUUCGGUGAUUUUGCAAAGUCUGAGCAUCACCGCCGCGCUGUUGCCAUCUUUACUUGCUCAAUAUAAGAUGGACCAAGUGAAUAGCACCGGUUUCACUGGGAGCAAAGCCAAGUUUACAAUCGAUUUGCCUCACCAUUCCCUGAGUUUUACCACGAAAUUACAGAACUACAAUCAAAACGAAAAAGCUGAAGCUAAUCUGCCUUCGGAGGCUAGCAUUGCUUUGCCCGCCGUGCACGUGGUUGCCGAGUACAUCCCCGAGAACGCAGCCGAUGGCCAGCGCCCCCUGGAGGGGGUCGUUUUCAGACAGGGGGGUUAUUUGAACGCGAACGCUGAAAUUGGAGUUUUCGAACACAGUUUGACCACGGAUUUGCUGAAUCACCUGGUGUUCGUGCAGAAGGUUUUCAUGAAGGAAGUGAACGAAGUGGUGCAAAAAGUAUACGGGGGCGAACGACCUGUACCGAUAUGGCUCGAAGACACCGAAGAACAAAGCAUAAACCGCUUACUUUUCUCUCUGGCCAUUAAAAUACAACGUAUUCAGCUAACUGCCACGACAGCUGGAAGUUCUGCAGUUCGACUGGAAACCGGGGCAGUGAUGUUUGAACUGUCCAACAGAGUGCAAAACGUUUCCGGUGGCACGCAAAACAGCACGGCUGCAAGGUUGUUCGGGAGGGCUCAGGUGGACCUGAACUUGUCGCUGGGCCAAAUAAUACGGAACGCGGUUUUCGAAGAGGCCGACACGGAAUACCAACCGGUGGCGUUUUUCAACACCAGAAUCAGUCUGAGGAACGCCUUUCAAGGCGAAAUAGUGGAAGGGGAGGACAAGGAGGUGGUUCUGAUAACCCUCAAACGCCCUCUGAUCUACAUACAGCCCAGCGCUAUCGACAAGGCGAUAUUGGUUUGGUUAAACUAUAAGAACGCCUACGAUUACUGGAACGAGAAAAGGGCCAACUUGAACAAGGAAGUGCAAAGUGCCACGCAGCAGAUCUACGAGAAGUUCCAGUUCGGGCAACUCACCAGUCAACUAGGUGGACCCCACAUGGGCACCCUGUUCCUUCAACUCACCGUCGAAGACAUGGGCAUAUGUCUGCCCUUAAACCCGCUCCCCGUAGCGUGGAACCAACGAAACACGUACGAAGAGAGCCGCGGUGCUGUGGUGAUAACCCUCGAAAACACUUCUAUAUCGGCUUGCAGCUCCGGCUCUUUGGUGAGCAAGGGAAAGUUCUCGAACCUCUGCCUCCGUUUUGCGGAAGAUUUCGAGAACUCUCUCGACGACUGGAAGCCUGACAUGUCCGACAGCACCAUAAUGAAUUUAUGCGUUGUUAGCGACGGUACAUACGAAGUAUGUAGCCGGACUAUAGCCGCGAAACAACCCAAUGAAAACGCGAAGUGGUUCCUCAACGUGCAAUGGCAGAUGGAGGGGGUGGAUAUACACCUGGAUACCAACGUGGGCAAGCAGUUGAGCGCCCUAGGUCACACUUUGACCAUGAUCACCGGCGCGGAAGAUACGGGGAUCCCGUUCGAUUACGAUAGCGACGAUAACGAACCAACAGAUGGCACCACAAGAGCCUCUCAGGAGAGCAUAUUACCUGCGUUCAUGUUUGACCCCAAAUUGGACAACCGCAGUCGCUCGAAACUGAUUGAAAAGGAAAUGAACGAACAAGCGAAGAUCAUAAACGAUCUAAGAUCGUUGGGCGCCUCUCACAGCACAAUUGAGCAGGAAAUGAAGAGGCUGCAGGAGUUAGAAACGAUGGUCUACAAAGACUUCCGCAGAGAUAUGAUACAAAAACUGCGCAGGCAGAGCGUCAAGGCUUCCUCCAUCAAAGGAAAAUUCGGUUUGGGGUCAAAAUCGAACGCCUCUAGAUCCAAAUCGUUCGUAGUGCCCAGUCCUAUGCCGGAGAGAAAGGAUAGUUCCAUGUCGUUCAGUCCUGAGAGCGGUAAGGUUGGCAUUACCAACACUUCCAGCUACGAAAGUUCCCCCAGAUCGGGUCCAUCUAGAUCUGCUUCUCUGAGGGUUAAACAGGGAGAAACAGGACCGCGCGUUACUUUCAGCGAUACGCAAACCAUGUGUCGGCAAACUUCUCUCCCUAGCGCGAGCUCGGAAAUCAGUUUGCCCGAGACGCAUCUCGAUUGGACGGAUCACAUCGACAUUGACGGCGUUUCGGUGCCGCUGCGCAAAAAACUCCCCGCCUCCUACGAAUCCGUGGACGAGUCCUACAUGGACUCGAUCUCUUUGGACCAGCCGAUCGCCUCGAGCUUCGCCCAGACGAAUUUGAACCAAUCGGGUGGCGUUGGUGGCACGAGCGUCGCGCAGAAGCCUCAAGAGCCUAACAUCGAUUUGGAGUUGGACGUGAAGGUUUUCAUAAACAGCGGCAAGUGCGUGCUGCACACGAAAGAUCCCGCUAGGGAGGAGGAGAUCAAGCUGAGCAGGAUGAGGAAGGACAGGAGUUGCUCGGCGGGGCUUUUGGAGUUUCCCACCACUUCUUCGAGUCCCGAUGCUGGCAGGAGGAACAAGGAUAAACUUUUGGGGCAGUCCAGUGCCAGCAAGAUGCGCACCACGCCGCACGCCAGUCUGGUAGAUCUCACCAUCUUCCACAUACCUGGCAUGGACGUGAAGCUACAGUACCAAUCGAAAGUGGUGACCGCGGUGGACACGCCCACUCAACCCGAUCAAACCCCCGACUUCGACCGAGCCUUCUCGAGCCCGUUCUCGAGCUCUGAUCAAAGCCGAAUCGAUCGGGCGUUCGAGCGUCGAGAGAGUUUGGAUUUAAAAUCUGACCCUUCGAUGCACGGCAUUACGAACCCGAACUACGGCGUCAGUCCGUCGUCGAGUCUCGAAGAUUUGCAGUUUAACAUGACCCCUCCCAACGAGAGCUACCGAGGGUUCACGGCUUUCCCGCAACACAACAAAAAGUCGGGCGUCAAGAAGGCCUCGCUGUUCGCUUGGAUGACGCUUCAAAGCGUGCCGGAAGAGACCAUCAUAAGCCCUCACAUUCUGGAAUUCCUCGAACAAACCCUAGAGCCAAUACCGAAGACCAUUUCGACGACGUCAUUCCUCAACUCCGACCAGGACUUAACCAACUACGGCAACUACGUUUACGCCAGCUUUCCGGUCGAUGUUAUCGUGUACUUCCACAUGCAGCCGAGCACCUUUAGGUUCAGUUGUCUUCCCGUUUCGCGGGUGGAAUGCCUGCUGCAGCUGCCGUCGUUGGACAUCGUGUUCAGCUCGAAGAGAGCCGAGGACGAGCUGUUUUCAAACGAAAUAUCUGCGGCGACUGCGAUAGGCGGCCUCAGCGUUACAGGGUGCCUUUCAGACUUUUCCGUGUACAUCUUCCAUCCCUACGGGGGGAAAAAAUCCGGGCUCAAAGAAACCCAGUGGUCGCCUCUGUCGGACAGCGAGAGAAAAGAUUCCUUAUCAGUAAACGUGGAGUUCGUCAAAAUACAUUUGUCCCGAUCUAGGAUGUUGAAUCUGAAACAGGAGCUCAACAAGGGAAAGAGCAGCGACCAAAGCAAAGCUAUGAUCAGAUUUUCCACUAUUAUCGAUAUUGGUUCGGCUUCCUUCAAGUAUGAUAUGAGACGAUUGACGGAGAUCCUGGCUUUUCCCAAAGCUUGGUAUAGGAGAUCCAUAGUGAGAAGAAUGUUUUUAGGGGAUUUAAGUAUGUCUCAAUGCUAUGCCGAUGAAGAGGAUAGUUUGCCAAGUAGUAGUGCUUCACCUGGAACCAGCAGAAGCCACGACAGCCGCUCUGGAAAAUCCGACAAAUCCCCCCUCCUAAACGGCAAGGACAAGGCGAAACUGGGCUUCGAGAACGACCCGCACCGCCACCGGAAGGUGAAGGACAUCGGCAAAACUUACAGCAACGAUUCCGCCUCGAAACCCAGCCCUUCGGAGCACAAAAACCUCACCACGUGGGAAACGUGCGUCUUGCUCACGGUGAACUUCAAAAAACUCAACGUGCACAUGAACAUGGGCAACGUGAUGGGCAACGUCACGUGGCUGACGAAGGAUUUUAGGAGCGACGCGCGCCUCUCCAUCGGCAGCACCGGGCAUAAAAACUUGUACGUCGCGUUGGGUCUGGGGGGGUCGGGUCUGGACGCCAAGGGGGGCAUCGUGGGUGGAAACAUCGAGAUCGCGAACAUCGACACUUUUGUUCACAUCAGGGAGGAGCCCGACGUGGAGCCCGAUCACACGGUGGGCGUGAAAUUGCACGCCUUGGAGCUGCGUUUGGACUACAUGGCGACUUCCGUGUUGAUGUGCAGAGUCAGCGAUUUGAAGGUGAACCUGCGCGACGAAUGGAAACUGAAUAAGGCGACAAAUCGGGACGCUUUUAUCCCCACCCGCCGGCCGGCCAGCAUUUUCAUGCACGGCGAUCUCAGCUGGGACCAGCUGCAGAUGAUGAUAUCCAAGUCAACCACGGCCGAUUUGUUGAAAAUGUUUAACAAACUCGAGGAGUUCUUCUCGCAACAAUUCAACAGCAGCAAGCGCGCUUUCAUCAGCAUUUCGGGCUCGAGGUCGUCGAGAAUAUCCGUCGCGAAACGCGACGUUGCCAGCGUUCAGCAUCCCGGUCAGGUGACGGACGCGCGACACCACCGGCAUUGGCAAAGAGUUUUGGCACAGGUUGCUGGUUUGCAGUUGAGUACCAUGCACGUACCGUUACCACCGUUCGGUACUGUACUUGGUGGUACAAUGGAACUACACGGAAACAACAUCUCUUUGGCAUGUUUCCACGGUAUUAAUUUCAAGAGCAAAUCCUGGGCGUUGUUUAGCUUAAAAGAACCCUGCAUCAACUUCAAUACCGAGAGCCAGGAGAUAUCUUCGGCAACAGAUCCAGCACCAGCCCAGGACGUGCACAUAGUACAAACCUUGACGUGCAGUUUGGGCUUGAGCACGUACAAAACGCACUGUUCCAUGGCGACUGUUUGCAAGGUUUCCCGAAGCGUGAUUUUCCCGCCUCAGUUCAAAACUCUGCAAGAAUGGUUCCACUACGCCUUCGCCAACAGCCAGAUAGACGAGGUGGACAAGUUCCCGUCUCUGGAGCGCGAACGCGCCACCGACUCGAACUCAAUCGAGCGCGCCAGAGGUGCUAAGCUGGCCGACCCGUCUCACAACCGCGAGGUGAUUUUCGCGCUGCCCAGCCUGCACAUGCACCUCAAAACCGAGCAUCUGCAGCCGGCCACCGUUCCGGACACGACCGAGGAAAAACCGACGGUCGAGUGCAGCUUCAUCACGGAAUUCGAGGACCACAUCUUCGUCACCGUCGACGCCGAGGCAUUCUUCUUCCUCCACGACCUGAUCACCUCCUACGUGAACGAGAAGGAGAGAGUGCUCGGUAUGACCGAAAAACGGUCGAGUCUCGACCAGGACAAAUUCAAAUCGAGCCUAAACGAGACCCCUAAAAAGGGAUCCAUAGACGUGGACAUAUUCGCCAAAGACUGGCGCAACUACAAUUGCAAAACUUGGCGUUUAGAGCCGACGGUACGUUUGCUGAGCGUUGCGGGAAAGUACAUCGAGCCCUACGGUAUAGACUACAUUCUGCAAAAGUUGGGCUUCGCUCAUGCCAGAACCACGAUACCCAAGUGGAUGCAAAGGGGCUUCAUGGAUCCCCUGGAUGCCAUACUUGCGGUUUUGACCUUGAGAAUGGUGCAAGUGGUGCGGGGGGAUAAAAAAGAGGAGAAGGAAAAGGCCAUAGAGCAGAAGAAAUGAUGAGGGGAGGGUAUAACUGUCUUGUUAUGGUCAUUAGUAAAAAAAAUAUCAAAACAGUUCAUUUAGGUAAACCUUAUACUAGUCAAAUGUUAAGCUAUGUAAUGUAGAUACAUAUACAAAAAAAGUGUAGGUAAAAAGUUAUUUUAUAUUGUUCGCUAGUAUUAUUUAAGUUUAACUUGUUUUAAUCACGAUUUAUUUAAAUAAAUGGUAUCCAA